UAUAAAGACGCCAUCUUUCCGCGUCGAGCGCAUUCUUCAUCAGACGCCGAUGGCCACCGAAGCUCCCGGCUAUACCACCCGAUUUAUCGUCUCCCUUUCAACCCGACGACCCGAUUGCCCCUCUCCGUUUCCGAAGCUCCUUUAUCGCCUCGAAACGGAACAUUGAAGAUUGCAACUGCUGCAGCCAUGAGUGAUGCAAUUGAUUUAUCCGGGGAUGGCGGUGUUCUCAAGAAAAUUGUAAGGCGUGCAAAGCCAGAUGCAAUUGCUCCGACCCAAGACCUUCCGCUCGUUGAUGUUCAUUAUGAAGGCAUUCUUGAGGAAACCGGCGAGGUCUUUGACACGACACACGAAGAUAAUACAAUAUUCUCAUUUGAGAUUGGGAAGGGCAGUGUGAUCAAGGCUUGGGAUAUUGCAGUGAAAACCAUGAAGGUUGGGGAGAUUGCUAAGAUCACUUGCAAGCCAGAAUACGCCUAUGGAAGUGCUGGUUCUCCACCAGAUAUCCCACCCGGUGCAACCCUUGUAUUUGAAGUGGAGUUAGUUGCUUGCAAUCCCCGGAAGGGAUUAAGUUUGGGUAGUGCUUCAGAGGAAAGGGCUAGGCUAGAAGAACUGAAGAAACAGAGGGAGUUAGUUGCUGCAAACAAAGAGGAAGAGAAGAAGAAGAGAGAAGAGGCCAAAGCUGCAGCCGCUGCUCGUAUUCAAGCAAAGUUAGAUGCCAAGAAGGGCGGAGGAAAGGGAAAAGGGAAAGCAAAAUAGGCACUCGGUCGCAGACUCGAAUAUUUGCAUGAGCUUGAUCCUUCGUAUUUAAGUAGCUACAAUAAAUAAAUUUAAUUCGCGAGUUAGACCGAACUGUGUCCUCCAUAAAUAAGUUAUUUUCGGACCAGAAAAGAUGUUAUUGAUGUGUUAUUGAAAUAUGAGGUGUUGAAUUAUUACAUAA